UACGGGUUACAACUUCUUUAACAAUUUUUAGAGAGAUAGUAUCGUGUUUGAAUUCGUACUUCAUACGCAUCUCAGAAUUCGAUAUAUAUAGACAAAUCUUCCGCAUUAAAUUCUUAAUAGUGUUAUUAAGCGUGAUUUACAUUUAUUAAUUAAGUUUUAAGUCCAGUGGCAAUUUUGUAAUUUUUUAAACUUCAAAAACAAAAACGUAAUUUGGAGAGGGGAUGACGAUAAAAUAAAAAGGGUGGGGAACUUUAGUAACACUCUUCCUAAUAGCCAACCAAGAAUUUUAUGGUUCAAAGUAAGAAUGAAAAGAAACUAAAAAAAAUAAUAAUAAUAGCCAACCAAAACAAAAUCAGUUUUUGAAUGCCUUUUAAAAGAUCACUAUUCAUCUUCAUCUUCCUCCUUUCCCUCAGACCCUAAUUUUGGCAUUUGUUAUUGUUCAUAAACCAUUCGAACACAAUUCUUCCUCAUCUCUCUUAAACAGCUCAAGCAAUUCGCCCUCCGCCAACAACAACCACUUAGGGGGCUUUCUUUAUUUCGAAAAUCAGUGCACAAAAAACAACCCCUCAUCACCCCUAAUUUGUGUUCGAAAAUCAGGAGUUGAAUUCGAUUCGUUUGGGUUUGAAACAACAAUAGCCUUGAUUGAUAAGGGGCUGAUUGUACCAUUGUCUUCUUCCUCCUCUAAUUUCAUUCGAAAACAGUAAGACCACUAGUAUUCCCUUCUAUUUGGUCCAACAAGCCAUUGUAUUCUGGCUAUAUUGUGCUAUUUUGGGUUUAAAACUAGUGGAUUUCUUCUACCCUUUACCUCCAUGAUGAUGUUGAUUGAAGAAUAACAAACAAUAAUUCUUUUGCUUCCUGUUACUCGAAAAAGGGCUAGAACUAGACUUGCUUUAUUUUAGAUGAGAAAUUUGGCUGGAACAUGGAUUCCACUUAGAGAGAAAUUUGUGCGUGCGUGGACGAAAGAUUGUUUCCACUUGGGUAACCAGACUAUCAGCAGAGUUGAAUGCCAACACUCGUCUUUCAAGUAUUACCUUGGUAGCGGUAAUAGCUCAUUCGAUACCCUGUUCAAAAGGGCACACGCACAAAUUACAAAUCAGCAAGCCAGGAUCCGACAAGCGCUACAAGAAUCCAUGACUUCUAUAGCAAGGUCGAUGCGACAAAAUUUCUUUAGACCUUUAUAUCGCCACGUAUCUAUCUAUGCCUUGGAGCAGCUCCAGCUUGAGUAUAACCGCAUGUUAGAACCGGGUGAUUUUGUAUUUAAUAAAUGCGGUUGUGUACUUCAACAAACCCAUGGAUUGUCGUGUGUAUGUUAUUUACAUAUGUCCAUCAGUUCACAUGGUGCUUUGUAUGUGGAUGACAUUCAUCAAUUCUGGAGUACUUUGAGGUACACAGAGUUACGAGACGAGACCAACGAAAGAGUACGAUACGCGAACGCCAAUGACAAAGAGUACUUUCAAUCUCUGGUCGAUGAAGUCCUUAAAUCUGAUCCCGCUGUUAUACGCCGAAUGUCUCAGGUACUUGAAUAUGAACUACACUCAGAUGCGGCAGAAGAACUCGGGCCGCCACAGGCGAAUCUACCGUCGGGGCCCCGAACAACAGUCCAGUUCAAUGGGCAAGAAUCAGGACCUUGGAACUUAACAUCAUCAGCAUCAUUAUGAUCAUUACUAGAAACCCCCCAACUACUCUGGAGGCUGCUAGCCUGGUCAUCAAAAGGAGUACGCACUUGGUUCAGCGUACUCGACCGUUGGGCCUCAUUGUGUCUGACAACCUCUUCCUGCCUAGCCCUCCUAGCAGAACCCGUUACCCCCUCUCAUGCGGGUCACCUCUGAGUAAGGUAGGCCUAGAACUAUUACCUCUUAACAAUUGUCUAAAAAACCCUUUCCUUUUCCUUGAUUACCAGCCAUUUUCUACAAUUUUUGACAGUAUCAUUAAAUAUUAAAAUAAAUGAACAUAAUCAAACUUUACGUUACAUUAAUAAGAUGAACAAAAAACAAUAUUAAUUUUCUAAAUUGACAAUAAUCAUAAAAAUAAUAACAACAUUAACAACAGUAAUAACAUUAAUAAUAAUCAUAACAAUAAUAACACAAAUAAUAACUAUAAUCAUAACACUAAUAACAAAAA